ACUCCAUGGUUAGCAGGGGAAAGGGUGAUUUGACGAAGCUCUGCUGUCUACAACAAGUGGUCUGAUAGUUGAGUGGAACAAGUGUCUACUCAUAGUUUCAGUCGUAAAAAGAAACGGAGAAUGGCGUCAAGCAAAAAAUUUUACUUGAAGAGCUGGUGUGCUGUGUUCGCUAUUCUCGCUUUCAUCGGCAAUUGCUCGGCUGAUGACUAUUUUCUCUACGAAUCAGACGAGCUCCCUAGUUUACAUCCAGAGCCUGUGAUAAAGCUGUUGAAUAAAAGAGAGGCUAUGGACAUUAGCGAUAGUACCAAGAAACCAACGUCUAUGAAGCCCCAAUUGAACUCAAGUCCAGAAAACUCAACAAAUUCAAAAUUAGUUAAUGUUGCAAGUGGAGUUGCUGAUAUGCAACAGGGAAACAGUUCAGAAAGCAUUAUUAGCGCAGACACAACAACGAUUUCUGCUCCAACUUCUACAGCAGCAUUUACAAUAUCACUUCAAACAGAAGAGCUACCAAAAGUAGACUACAAUGGUGAUAAUAUCACAGUAACAAAUGUUACCCAAGAUUACCAUAAAUAUUAUAACAGCUCUACAUAUCCUCAACAAGGCAUGCAAUUUUGGAUCGAUUUUGACAAGGAAAAUGCCUCAAUUCAUGACAUGCUGUCUCAAUCACAUCGUCGUGCCGCUACGGUGUCGCUCUCAUUCGACUUCCCCUUCUACGGUCAUUGGGUGCGUAACAUCACCAUAGCCACUGGGGGUUUUUUGUACACUGGGGAUUAUGUUCAUUCGUGGUUGGCUGCCACACAAUAUAUCGCUCCGUUGAUGGCAAAUUUCGACACCAGCAUGAGUAACUACUCAACUAUCAGGUACAUGGAUAAUGGGACAGCGUUUUCAGUUCAGUGGGACAGGGUUGCACUUCAAGAUCGUCCCGAAGUCGGGAACUUUUCAUUCCAGGCAACUUUGUUGAAAUCUGGUGAUAUUAUCUUUGUGUACAAAGACAUUCCCAUUCCCGUCACCACGAUUGGCGAUGAAGCUCAUCCUGUCAAAGUGGGCGUUUCUGAUGCUUAUAUCAUUGACCGAACCAUCUUUUUUGUCCGCCGCAAAACAAUUUACGAGUAUCACAAGGUAGAUAAGAAAACAGAAGAAGUCGCUAGUGGUUCAGCUAUAUAUUUCACCGCUCUGCCUACAUGCGUUGCAUUCAGUUCUUGCGAUACUUGCAUUUCAAAUACCAUUGGUUUUGAAUGUGUUUGGUGUUCCACAGCUGAGCGUUGCUCAGACGGCAUGGACCGUUUUAGACAAGACUGGCUUUUAAAGGGUUGUGACAAGUUAUUCAUAGACAACACAACGAUCUGCAGCUUACCUGUAACCAUUCCGUCAUCUACGGGGCUUCCGCCAGCGGAAAGCACAUUGCCUACUCCGAUACCUACUAAGUUCCCCCCUACUGCUACCACCGUUAUGCCGCCUACUAAACCUUGGGAUGAUUUCGAUCCGUCAGCCAGCCGUGUGACAAAUGUUCCCGUAGUAACCACUUCGACUUCUACUACGUUAUCUCCUCCAAUUUCUGAAGCCCGAGCAAACACUAAGGAUGUCUCUGAAGAUGCCACUGCUUCCAGUGUUUCAUCUGUUGUUGGCAUCCUUUUCUUGAUCGCCAUAGUUCUAGGUCUAGGAGGGUGGCUAUUUUACGCUUAUAGAAAUCCCCACACAUCAUCAGGACAAUGCUUCAUUCGGUAUCGCCCUGCACAAUGGCGAUGGAGAUCCGGAGAGGCUCAUUACACUGCUGCCGCUAUUCACAUGUAAAUGAAAACACGAGAUCCUGCCUUAAACUAGACAGGUUGCCUUCAGAUUAUGCGCACCCACUCACUACUAGCCACGAUUUUCACCUGGGACGUCUUAUGUCAAACGAACCAUUGCCAUCAGCGUUGGCAAUAAGUAGAACCCAAAUUAAUCAUCACUUCCUUAUUUCACCCUGCCCUCCAUUGGAGAGUCGUGCAUGCCGUAAUUGUUUGCACAAUAGACCUCUUUCGUUUUUUCUAUUUUUAACACCGGCUGGUUGAACAAAUCGAAAUAAAAAUUUGAUGCCUUACACUGGGGAGGGGAACAUUUUUAUGCAUACUUAUAUAUUUAGCAAAAAUCUGUCUUCCGAUGGGUAAAUUUAUUUGCUAAGAUCAAUCUCUAACAUGGGAGGAGCGAGAGGCGCGCACAUUUCAAUUGGUUGAUUUACUUCGCCCUCCCCUUUCUAAUUCACGAUUCCUUUAAUUUUAGGCAACAAGUUUAAUUAUUUUUUUCUUCCUUUAUUUUUUUCUCAUUAAAAAUUGCCGGUAUGUGAUAGUUGGGUAGUGUAUAUAGUAACUCUGUUAUUCUAACAUCAGCCUCCAAUUGCUAAACCUGGAUAUUCUUUCAAUUGCGAGUUCUAUCAUUUUUAUAGGAUUUUUUUCCCCCGUCAAUGGUGAUCUGAGUCUUCAUUCUACCCUUCUCUACUUACGGCCUGUAUUUUAUCGUGUUGCUCUCUAUUUGUUUCUUUCUGGCAUUUUGAUCUUUACGAAAUCAUGUGAGUGUGCCUUGUUCGAAGGGGACUAUCACUAUUUUUGUUUCCCCAAUUCGAGACAUUCUAACAAGUGGCAGUUUUUCUUUGUGUUUAUUAAAAUUCGAAUACACAGAAAACUCUUA